AUGCUUUCAGAACCUGGACCUCAUGCCUUCAGAACCUGGACCUCAUACUUUCAGAACCUGGACCUCAUGCCUUCAGAACCUGGACCUCAUGCCUUCAGAACCUGGACCUCAUCCUUUCAGAACCUGGACCUCAUACUUUCAGAACCUGGACCUCAUGCUUUCAGAACCUGGACCUCAUCCUUUCAGAACCUGGACCUCAUAUUUUCAGAACCUGGACCUCAUACUUUCAGAACCUGGACCUCAUACUUUCAGAACCUGGACCUCAUGCCUUCAGAACCUGGACCUCAUGCUUUCAGAACCUGGACGUCAUGCCUUCAGAACCUGGACCCCAUGCCUUCAGAACCUGGACCUCAUCCUUACAGAACCUGGACCUCAUGCUUUCAGAACCUGGACCUCAUGCUUUCAGAACCUGGACCUCAUGCUUUCAGAACCUGGACCUCAUGCUUUCAGAACCUGGACCUCAUGCCUUCAGAACCUGGACCUCAUGCUAUCAGAACCUGGACCUCAUGCCUUCAGAACCUGGACCUCAUGCUUUCAGAACCUGGACCUCAUGCUUUCAGAACCUGGACCUCAUCUUUUAAGAACCUGGACCUCAUGCCUUCAGAACCUGGACCUCAUGCUUUCAGAUCCUGGACCUCAUCCUUUAAGAACCUGGACCUCAUGCCUUCAGAACCUGGACCUCAUGCUUUCAAAACCUGGACCUCGUGCUUUCAGAACCUGGACCUCAUGCCUUCAGAACCUGGACCUCAUGCUUUCAGAACCUGGACCUCAUGCCUUCAGAACCUGGACCUCAUGCUUUCAGAACUUGGACCUCAUGCUUUUAGAACCUGGGCCUCAUCCUUUAAGAACCUGGACCUUAUGCCUUCAGAACCAGAACCUAAUGCUUUCAGAACCUGGACCUCAUGCCUUCAGAACCUGGACUUCAGGCCUUCAGAACCUGGACCUCAUGCUUUCAGAACCUGGAACUCAUGCCUUCCGAACCUGGACUUCAGGCCUUCUGAACCUGGACCUCAUGCUUUUAGAACCUGA